AUGCCCGCCGGGAUCAUGGUUCCGGCAAGACAAGCGCCGCCGUUGAUGGGAUACGGCUCGACUUCAGGCCUCAGCCUCGGCCAGGUGAGCGCUGAUGACUUCCUCUCUCUCUCUAUACACACCUUCUUCCUCUCUCACAUUUUCUCUCGAAUAGAUCGUGUAUAUUCUCGUGUGAGUAUCCGUGAGGUGCUAUGAUCUUGCCAUUUUUGGAGCUCUGGCAAGGAAGACGACCCCGUCAACAGGUAGGUGAAAGAAGAGUUAAUACAGAGGAAGAGCGGGGGUGGAAAAGGAAUGCCUCGGGGAAAAAGGAGGGGGAAAGAUGGAAGAGAGUCUUAUGUUCUCUCUCCUACUCGUGGAAGAUCUUUCUCCUCGUCCCCAUUCCCCUCGUUUCCUUUCAUCUGAGAGGGUAAAAUGGGUGGCGAUGAGAAGCUCCAGCCGUCGGUUUUCUUCCUUCCUCUUCUUCACCAUCUCCAGGCUCCCCCGUUCCCGGCCGGAUCCGAUUCUUCCUUAUCCCUUCAUCUUCAUCCAUGACCACCUUAUGUGCUAGUCAAUGCGAUUCUUGUAUGUCAUUAGUCCCCUUAGAGAGAGAGAGAGAGAGAUGGCAAAUUUACGAUCAUGAACUGGGCUCCUCACCACUUUCCUGCAGCUUAUCGCCCCGUCUGUCAAAGACAUUCGCUACCCAUUAAAAAAAUGACGUCUUGAUGGAAAAUCAUAUGCUCUCCGUCGUCGCAUAAGAGCUCUUCCUUUUGGAUCUCCUGUGUUUUGCUCGGAAUCCUAGAAUAUAUUAUAUUAUAUAUGAUAAAUCUAAGAGAGUAACUGCAAAAAGAAGCUUUCUUCGUCAUGCAGCCGAGCUUACUAGACGCCACACAACACUUCCAGCAGCAGAUGGACCUCACCGCCACCACCGCCGAGAGCGACAUGGCGAGGAUCCGGGAAGAUGAGUUCCUGAGCAAGUCGGGGAGUGAGAAUGCCGAUGGCGCCUCCGGCGACGACCUGGACCCCAACCAGCGCCCCAAGAAGAAGCGAUACCACCGACACACCCAGCACCAGAUUCAGGAAAUGGAGGCGUAAGGGACCUCUUGCCCUGUCCCCCGUCUUCCUCUCCUACAAUUUGUAAUUCCGAGGCUUUGUUCUCUCUUUGCUCCCUUGUUGUAUUUGAUAUUGUGCACUUGAACGCAUUUAGAGUAUGGAUUGCGCCCAUUUCUUCCUUUCUUUUUCCCUUUAAUAUUUGAUUUCAUGCUUUGAUCAAACACCCGGGUUAUUUAGUUUGUAGUUUAGAUUUUUCUUUUCGUUAUAUUCUGGACUGCAACCAUUCCUGCAUUUCUUAUCUUCUCGGUUAUAUUAAUCUUCUCUUUGAUUUAUUUUCCGUAAUUUGCAUUCUACACGGUGUAUUUUGUUGCGGCCCGUUUUCGCACUCUACGCAUUUCGUCUACUUUUUGCGCUGAUUAAUCUUUUCGAUACUUUGACCACUCUUGGAUCACAAUCUGUGCCUGAAAAUCCAUAUUUUCCAACAGUCAGUAUGCCAUUGCACCCAUUGUCUAAGUUGUCCCGCUGACGGUAACUUAUUGAACCAGAAAUUCUAGAUUUUCUUCGUAAAGUAGCAAUUCCUUUUAUUUUAAUCUUAGAGACCACUUCCAGGCAGUGAUCUUCCCUUUUUGGGCCACUUGUUACAUGUUAUCGUAGAUUUCUCUCAAAUGCAUCUUUUUAUCCUCUUUGAUUUUCGGUCCGUAUUUUCCUGCACUUCGUAGCAUUUAGUAGUCGGAUGGUACCCAUUUCGUCCGUUACUUUCGAUUCAUCAUUACCCUCUCUCUCUCUCUCUCUCUCUCUCCCCUUCCCUCCCUCUCCCCGGCGUGAGUCUUAUGCUUAAUAUCGCAGAUUUGCUCUUUAAUGCUUCAAUUUUCAUCAUGCUGUCGUCUUUCUUGAGUGACAGAUGGCCUCCAAGCUUUGAUCUCUCUCGGCUCGCUUCUUGUAUUUUUCUUCCAUUGGAGACUUUCUCCGCUUUUGUCUCAAGAUUGCACUCAUUUCUUCUUCCUCGUUCUUUCAUCGAUGCAUGAUUUUCAAGCUCAGGCCUCCCUCAAAUUUCCGUCGUACUCCCCUUCCCGUAGAUUUGUCGCCUGUACUUGUUGAACUGAUCGACGUUUCUCUCUCUUCUCGGCUUCAGCUUCUUCAAGGAGUGUCCUCAUCCGGAUGACAAGCAGAGGAAGGAGCUCAGCCGGGAGCUCGGGCUGGAGCCCCUCCAAGUGAAGUUCUGGUUCCAGAACAAGCGAACCCAGAUGAAGGUUAGGGAAACCCCUAAACUCGAGCAUCUCAACUGAUAUAAAAUGAAAGAAGAAGCACAAAAAUCAUGUAGUUUGCAGUUUCUCUCACUAGAAUGCUGCGGAAGAUAAAUAGUACCUUGCAUUCGGAGUUAAUGCCGAGGGCUCACUUAAGCGGCCGAAGAUAUAUCCAAAAUUUUCUGAAAAACAUGCAUAAAAAGAAUCUCUCGGUUUCUGGCUAUGUCCUUUCUCUAUCAAGCCUCUAUCUGUCCCCCUAUGUACCUAUCCAUCUCUCUAUCUCUUCUGGUCUUUCUCCUGUCGUUUGCUGAGGAUGAGUUGCACCUGCUCUGCAGAACCAGCACGAGCGCCAGGAGAACCAGCAGCUGAGGUCCGAGAACGACAAGCUCCGAGCCGAGAACAUGAGGUACAAGGAGGCCCUCAGCAACGCCUCCUGCCCUAACUGCGGCGGCCCGACCGCCAUCGGAGAGAUGUCCUUCGACGAGCAGCAGCUGAGGAUCGAGAACGUCCGCCUUAGAGAGGAGGUAAAACCCUCUCCUCCCCCUUCCCUCACCCUCACCCUCACCAUUCCUCUGUCUCUCUCGGUAGCCAUCUAAUCUAUUUCUCGCUUGCAGAUCGACAGGAUAUCGGGAAUUGCGGCGAAGUACGUGGGCAAGCCGGUGGGAUCCUACCCGCUGAUGACUCCUCAGGUGGCCCCUCGCUCGUCGCUGGACCUCGCCGCCGGGAACCUCGGGCUGCCGCCGGCCAUGGCGGGACACGGCGCCUUCGGAGCGAGCGAGAUGCUCCGCUCCGCCUCCCUCCCCAACGAGUUCCCCGUCGACAAGCCGGCGGUGGUGGAGCUCGCCGUCGCAGCCAUGGAGGAGCUCACCAGGAUGGCUCACGCCGGCGAGCCUCUGUGGAUGCCUUCCCUCGAAGCCGCCGGCCCAGAGGUCCUCAACGUCGACGAGUAUUUCCGGACCUUCCCCAGGGGCAUCGGUCCCCGCCCCGUCGGCUUCAAGACCGAGGCCUCCCGCCACAACGCCAUCGUCAUCAUGAAUAACGUCAAUCUCGUGGAAAUCAUAAUGGACGUGGUACAUAAAUCUCUCCGAUCAGAGCAGAUCUUCUCCUCUCCGUCCUGUUGCUCCUCCGAUAUAAUGCGCGCGUUUCUGAUCCAUCUUCAUUGAAUCUCCAGAACCAGUGGUCGAUGAUCUUCUCAAGCAUCGUCUCCAGGGCCGCGACCUUGGAGGUGCUGUCCACCGGUGUUGCCGGAAACUACAACGGAGCUCUUCAAGUGGUACUGAACCCCCCCCCCCUCUCUCUCUAUCUCUCUCUCUCUCUCUCUCUCUCUCUCUCUCAAUCAGACAUCGGUCUCAAUCCUCUGCACUGCAGAUGACGGCGGAGUUUCAGAUGCCCUCCCCUCUUGUUCCGACAAGAGAGAGCUACUUCCUGAGGUACUGCAAGCAGCAUGGAGACGGCGUGUGGGCGGUGGUGGACGUCUCCCUGGAUAGCCUCAGCCCCACUCCGGGCCUCCGUUGCCGCCGGCGGGCCUCCGGCUGCCUGAUACAGGAGACCCCCAACGGCUUCUCCAAGGUGAAGGAGAAGAAGCCCACCACUUUUCCCGCCACUUUCUCUCACUAUACGAUUAGGUCGUUGACCCUCCCUCCUGCCACCCAUCUCCCCCCAUCCAGGUGACGUGGAUCGAGCACGUGGAAGUGGACGAUCGGACCGUCCACAGCAUGUACCGCCCCCUGGUUAACUCUGGAAUGGCCUUCGGCGCCAAGCGCUGGGUCUCCACUCUCGACCGCCAGUGUGAGCGCCUCGCCAGCGUCAUGGCCACCAACGUCCCCACCGGCGAGAUCAGCGGUAACCCCUCCUCUCUCUCUCUCUCUCUCUCUCUCUCUCUCUCUCUCUCUCUCUCUCUCUCUCUCUUUAUAUAUAUAUACAUAUAUAUAUAUACAUAUAUAUAUAUAUAUAACUGUGAUAGUGAUGAUGAAAGUGGAGACUGUUCUGGUUGGGGAAUGGGCAGUGAUAACGUCGCAGGAGGGGAGGAAGAGCAUGCUGAAACUGGCGGAGAGGAUGGUGGUGAGUUUCUGCUCCGGCGUGAGCGCCUCCGCUGCACACCAGUGGACCACCCUCUCCGGCGCCUGCGCAGAGGACGUGAGAGUAAUGACCAAGAAGAGCGUCAACGAGCCCGGUCGUCCACCGGGGAUCGUCCUCAGCGCCGCCACCUCCUUCUGGCUACCCGUCCCCCCCAAGCGGGUCUUCGACUUCCUCCGCGACGAGAACACCCGCAGCGUGGUAAAUAACUCCUUCCUCAUUCGUCUUCCUCCCCAAGAUUAGGGUUUUCAGAUGGCCCACCGUCUCUUACCUGGUGCUCUGAUUUCUGCGGAAAUUAGUGGGACAUCCUCUCCAACGGAGGAAUCGUUCAGGAGAUGGCUCAUAUCGCCAAUGGCCGGGACGAGGGCAACUGCGUCUCCCUCCUCCGCGUCAACGUGAGCCCCCCACCCCCUACUCCUUCUCUGUGCUGUUCUUUGAAGAUGAUCGUGGCGGAACAUGCUGAUGACCCUCCUGGUUCCUGGGUUUCUGCAGAGCACCAACUCGAACCAAAGCAACAUGCUGAUCCUGCAAGAGAGCUGCACCGACGCCGCGGGCUCCUACGUGAUCUACGCCCCCGUUGACCUGGUGGCCAUGAAUGUGGUCCUCGGAGGGGGGAACCCGGACUACGUGACGCUCCUCCCGUCGGGGUUCGCCAUCCUCCCCGACGGCCCACCGACAUCACCGGAGGACGCCGCCGGCCACGGCGGUACCGGCGGCGCCCUGCUCACCGUCGCCUUCCAGAUCCUCGUUGACUCCCAGCCCAAUGCGAAGCUCUCUCUUGGCUCCGUCGCUACCGUCAACAGCCUCAUCUCCUGCACCGUCGACAGGAUCAAGGGCAACGUCCUGGGCGAGGGCGCCCAGUGA